UACCGACCCACGUGGCUGAAAUAAGCGCAAGUUCCCACCCCUCUAGCUAUCACAUCAAAACAAGACAGAACAGUGUAUGUAUUUUUCUACUAAAUGGCUGAGGAGGAAGAGCGUCCCUUCAGGGCCGAGUAUGCCAAAUCAGGGAGGGCAGGUUGCAAGCAAUGUCGUGGAAAUAUCUCCAAGGACUCACUGAGGCUGGCUAAGCUGGUACAGAGCGCGUUCUUUGAUGGCAAACAGACCAACUGGUACCACUUUGGAUGCUUUUUCAAGAAUGCGACCAUGAAGUCAGUCAACGAAGUGUCUGGUUUCAGCUCCCUGCGAUGGGACGAUCAAGAGAAGAUUAAGAAGAAGAUUUCAGGGGCAGCGAUGGAUGUCCCCGAUGGUGCCGCCCCCUCUGAUAAAGGGAAGGGGAAGGGGAAAGCAGCGAAACGAAAGACAACUCGUAGCGACCUACAAGUGGAGUAUGCAAAGUCUGGGAGAAGCAAUUGCAAGAGCUGUAACUCCCAGAUCGCUAAGGAUGAGAUCAGAAUUGCUAAGAUGAUACAGCCAGAUGCGGACCAGAAAAAGUUUGGAGGUCUCAUUCCAGCAUGGCACCAUGUCGAUUGUUUCUCUGACAAUCUGGAUGAUCUGGACGCAGUAGGUGUGGCAGCGGACGAGCUCUCAGGGUUCACCAAACUCAAGAAGGAGGAUAAAGAUGAACUGUUAUUGAAACUGAAACCAAAUUCUGCAACCAAAGGGAAAGGGAAGAAGCGGAAGUUGGAGGAUGCUCAGCCACCACCUGUCAAGAAGACAAAGGAGGAGCUGCAAGAUGAAAAGGCACUAAAGGUUCAAAGUGAGAUGAUUUGGAAGGUGAGAGACCAGCUCAAGGAGCAGCUUGGGAAGACAGACCUCCAACUCAUGCUCGAGGAUAACAACCAGAAGGUUCCUGUAGGGGAGAGCAAUCUGUUGGAUCGUUGUGCUAGUGGUAUGGUGUUCGGUGCGCUCCAGCCGUGCUCAGUGUGUGAGAGUGGUCAGUUGGUGGCCCGUAGCCACACCUACCAGUGCACAGGGAACAUGUCAGCAUGGACCAAAUGCAUCAACACCACGGAUGACCCAUCUCGCACAAAAUGGAUCAUUCCUGAGAGCCUCAAAGAGAUACCAUUUUUGUCUAAGUACAAAUACAAGGCGCGUAAGAGGGUCUUUAGUAAGGACUCUACUCCAUCACAGUCACAGUCCUUUACCAUGGAUGCUUCCAUGGAUACUACUGAUGGCCCCGGUCCAUCACAGCCGUCUGAUAGCAAGAAGACAGUUGAAGUUCCUCUGAAAGGUUUCACGGUGAUAAUUAUUGGUCGUCUGAGUCAAAGUAAGCCGAAGCUGACUCAGCUCAUUGAAAGUCUCGGAGGGAGGGUCGUCUCCAAGGUUACAGACAACACCACCAUCUGUAUUAGUAGCGAAGCUGAGUUAGAAAAAAUGAGCUCUCGAAUGGUGGAAGUGGAAGACAGUGAUGUUCCAGUGGUGAGUGAGGACUAUCUGGAAGAGGCGGGUAAAGGAGCGGCCCUCCUCAAGAUCCCCUCACAUACAAUCAGCGACUGGGGGGCACCGAGACACUCCCUCCCUUCAUCAGAGUACACUGACGGGGGAAAGUCAUUCAAGUCACAAGGUCCGAGCAAGGUCAAGGUGAUGGUAAAGGGUGGUGCUGCAGUGGACCCUGAUUCAGAGCUGGAGGGGUCACACCACGUACUGGAGGAGAGGGGUGUGGUCUGGAAUGCUGUACUUGGAUUGGUCGAUGUCAUAAGAGGCACUAACUCGUACUACAAGCUGCAGCUGCUCGAAGGAGACUCCAGCAAGAACUACUAUGUGUUCAGAUCGUGGGGUCGUGUGGGGACCACCAUAGGAGGCUCAAAGACAGAGAGUUUUGGAGCCUCCAAACCUGCUGCCAAGAAGCACUUUGAGCUCCUCUACCAAGACAAGACAGGCAAUUCAUGGGGCACCAGUAAAGAGAGCUUUGUUAAGAGGCCUAGCAAGUUCUACCCCCUGGAGAUAGACUAUGGUGGUGAUGAGGACACUGGGCAACAGCUUGGAAUUGCUCCUGGUUCAAAGUCCACACUGGCCCCUGAGAUACAAGAUCUCAUUCGAAUGAUAUUUGAUGUGGAGAGCAUGAAGAAAGCUAUGCUCGAGUUUGAGAUUGAUAUGAAGAAGAUGCCUUUGGGCAAGUUGUCACGGCGACAGAUAGAGAGUGCAUAUUCUGUCCUUUCUGAGCUACAACGAGAGAUAGUUGGGACUCAGAAUCCGAGCAAAAUCCUCGACUGUACUAACAGAUUCUACACUCUAGUACCACAUGACUUUGGCAUGACAAAACCACCCCCACUGAACUCAGAGGAGGUUAUAAAGAUAAAGACACAAAUGUUGGAUAAUCUACUGGAGAUUGAGGUGGCCUACUCGCUACUGAAACAGGAGGAUGGUGUGAGUGGAGGGAAGGACCCACUGGACCUGCAUUAUGAGCAGCUCAAGACCAAGAUGGAUGUGCUGCCCAAGGGCUCUGAUGAGUUCUCAAUGCUGCAGGAGUAUGUGUCCAACACUCACGCUGUCACCCACUCUCAGUACUCACUGGAGGUGCUGGAGGUGUUCAAAGUGGACAGAGAAGGGGAGGGGAAGAAAUACAAACUAUUCUCAAAGCUGCAUAACAGACAGCUACUCUGGCACGGCUCCAGGAAGACCAACUUUGUGGGAAUACUAUCCCAGGGUCUUCGAAUAGCUCCACCAGAGGCGCCUGUGACUGGCUACAUGUUUGGGAAGGGGGUGUAUUUUGCAGACAUGGUCUCCAAGAGUGCCAAUUACUGUAGCACCUCUCGCUCUGACAACGAGGGACUCAUGCUCCUCUGUGAGGUUGCCCUCGGAGACAUGUAUGAGCUGACCCACUCCAAGUAUGUAGACAAGCUGCCAGCUGGUAAGCACAGUACCAAGGGUCUGGGUCGGACCGCCCCCACUACUGACGGCCACAAGACCACUGAGGAGGGUGUGGUCAUCCCCAUGGGCAAGGGCUCCUCCACAGCCGUCGACAAUACCUCACUACUGUAUAAUGAGUAUCCUAUUCAUUGUUCAUUGUGUAUGAUGUGAGUCAGAUAAGAAUCAAGUACCUGCUCAAAAUGAACUUCAAGUACAAGUGGUAGCUAGAGACUCUUGGACUUGUGUUACACUUAGUUUCUAUCUUUGUCUUUUUGGUGUCAUUGUGUUGUGUUCCCUUGAGGUCACCUUAAUUAUCAUGGUUACUAAUUGUUGA